CUCUGUGUAUGUUACCGGGGUGGGGUGUCCAGCGAGCGCUGCUGCGGCGUCCCGCGGCCUCCGCGAGAGUCGGGCGGGAGGGGAGAGCGGGUGUGGAUUUGUCUUGACGGUAAUUGUUGCGUCUCCACGUCUCGGAGGCCUGCGCUGUGGGUCGCUCCUCCUUCGGGAGCGUGCAACCACGGCGAUUACACACUCCCUUCCCGGGCUACCCACGCACCCUGGGUUGCGUGCGUGUGGAGUCGGACCCGCGCUCACGCGUGUCUCCGGACAGCUACGGCGCCCAGAGAACUAAGAUUCCAGAUGGCAAACUCUAUGAAUGGCAGAAACCCUGGUGGUCGAGGAGGAAAUCCCCGAAAAGGUCGUAUUUUGGGUAUUAUUGACGCUAUUCAGGAUGCAGUUGGACCCCCGAAGCAAGCUGCAGCGGAUCGCAGGACUGUGGAGAAAACAUGGAAACUUAUGGACAAAGUGGUGAGACUGUGCCAAAAUCCCAAACUUCAGUUGAAAAAUAGCCCACCAUAUAUACUUGAUAUUUUGCCUGACACAUAUCAGCAUUUACGACUUAUAUUGAGUAAAUAUGAUGACAACCAGAAACUUGCUCAGCUCAGCGAGAAUGAAUAUUUUAAAAUCUACAUUGAUAGCCUAAUGAAAAAGUCUAAACGGGCAAUAAGACUCUUUAAAGAAGGCAAAGAGAGGAUGUAUGAAGAACAGUCACAGGACAGACGAAAUCUCACAAAGCUGUCCCUCAUCUUCAGCCACAUGCUGGCAGAAAUCAAGGCCAUCUUUCCCAAUGGUCAAUUCCAGGGAGAUAACUUUCGUAUCACAAAAGCAGAUGCUGCUGAAUUCUGGAGAAAGUUUUUUGGAGACAAGACUAUCGUACCAUGGAAAGUAUUCAGACAGUGCCUUCAUGAGGUCCAUCAAAUUAGCUCUGGCUUAGAAGCAAUGGCUCUAAAAUCGACAAUUGAUUUAACUUGUAAUGAUUACAUUUCAGUUUUUGAAUUUGAUAUUUUUACCAGACUAUUUCAGCCCUGGGGCUCUAUUUUACGGAAUUGGAAUUUCUUAGCUGUGACGCAUCCAGGCUACAUGGCAUUCCUGACGUACGAUGAAGUUAAAGCGCGGCUGCAGAAAUACAGCACCAAGCCUGGAAGCUACAUUUUUCGGUUAAGUUGCACUCGACUGGGACAGUGGGCCAUUGGCUAUGUCACCGGGGAUGGCAAUAUCCUACAGACCAUACCUCAUAACAAGCCCUUAUUCCAAGCCCUGAUUGAUGGCAGCAGGGAAGGGUUUUAUCUUUAUCCUGAUGGGAGGAGUUACAAUCCUGAUUUAACUGGAUUAUGUGAACCUACACCCCAUGAUCAUAUAAAAGUUACACAGGAACAAUAUGAAUUAUAUUGUGAAAUGGGCUCCACUUUCCAACUUUGUAAAAUUUGCGCAGAGAAUGACAAAGAUGUCAAGAUUGAGCCUUGUGGGCAUUUGAUGUGCACAUCUUGCCUUACGGCAUGGCAGGAGUCUGACGGCCAGGGCUGCCCCUUCUGUCGUUGUGAAAUAAAAGGAACGGAGCCCAUAAUCGUGGACCCCUUCGACCCGAGAGAUGAAGGCCCCCGAUGCUGCAGCAUCAUCGACCCCUUCGGCAUGCCCAUGCUGGACUUGGACGAUGACGACGACCGCGAGGAGUCCUUGAUGAUGAAUCGGUUGGCCAACGUUCGAAAGUGUACUGAGAGGCAGAACUCACCAGUCACAUCACCAGGAUCCUCUCCCCUUGCCCAGAGAAGAAAGCCACAGCCUGACGCUCUCCAGAUCCCACAUCUAAGCUUGCCACCAGUGCCUCCUCGCCUGGACCUGAUUCAGAAAGGCAUAGUCCGAUCUCCCUGUGGUAGUCCAACUGGGUCACCAAAGUCUUCUCCUUGCAUGGUAAGAAAACAAGAUAAACCACUUCCAGCACCACCUCCUCCUUUAAGAGAUCCUCCUCCCCCUCCACCUGAAAGACCACCCCCAAUCCCACCUGACAAUAGACUGAGUCGACACUUCCAUCCUAUGGAGAGUGUGCCUUCCAGAGACCAGCCAAUGCCUCUUGAAGCCUGGUGCCCUCGGGAUGUGUUUGGGACUAACCAGUUAGUAGCAUGUCGACUCCUAGGGGACGGCUCUCCAAAGCCUGGAAUUACAGCAAGUUCAAACGUAAAUGGAAGGCACAGUAGAAUGGGCUCUGACCCGGUGCUUCUACGGAAACACAGAUGCCAUGAUUUGCCUCUAGAAGGAGCUAAGGUCUUUUCCAAUGGUCACCUUGGAAGUGAAGAAUAUGAUGUUCCUCCCCGGCUAUCUCCUCCUCCUCCGGUUACCACCCUUCUCCCUAGCAUAAAGUGUACUGGUCCAUUAGCAAAUUCUCUUUCAGAGAAAACAAGAGACCCAGUAGAGGAAGACGAUGAUGAAUACAAGAUUCCUUCAUCCCAUCCUGUUUCCCUGAAUUCACAACCAUCUCAUUGUCAUAAUGUAAAACCUCCUGUUCGGUCCUGUGAUAAUGGCCACUGUAUAUUGAAUGGAGCACAUGGUGCAUCUUCAGAGAUGAAGAAGUCAAACAUCCCUGAGUUAGGCAUAUAUUUAAAGGGAGAUGUUUUUGGUUCAGCCUCUGACCCCGUGCCAUCACCACCUGCCAGGCCUCCACCUCGGGACAGUCCAAAGCAUGGUUCUUCACUCACCAGGACGCCCUCUGAUUAUGACCUCCUCAUCCCUCCAUUAGGUGAAGAAGCUUUUGAUGCCCUCCCCCCGUCCCUCCCGCCUCCCCCACCUGCACGGCACAGUCUCAUCGAGCAUUCAAAGCCUCCUGGCUCCAGCAGCCGACCAUCUUCAGGACAGGACCUUUUUCUUCUUCCUUCAGAUCCCUUCUUUGAUCCAGCAAGUGUCCAAGUUCCUUUGCCUCCUGCUAGGAGAUUACCGGGUGAAAAUGUGAAACCCAACAGAACAUCCCAGGACUAUGAUCAGCUUCCGUCAUCUUCAGAUGGUUCACAAGCCCCAGCCCGACCCCCUAAACCACGACCCCGGAGGACUGCACCCGAAAUUCACCAUAGAAAACCCCAUGGGCCUGAGGCAGCGUUGGAAAAUGUAGAUGCAAAAAUCGCAAAACUCAUGGGAGAGGGUUAUGCCUUUGAAGAGGUGAAGAGAGCCUUAGAGAUAGCCCAGAAUAAUGUCGAAGUGGCCCGGAGCAUCCUCCGAGAAUUUGCCUUCCCUCCUCCUCCUGUUUCCCCACGUCUAAAUCUAUAGCAACCAGAACUGUAAAUGCCCAGACGGGAAGAGACCGACACUUAUUCCAGGAGUGGAAUUCAAUGGAGAAGGUGUCGCUUCCUCAUGCGGCAUCACAAGACGGGAGGCUUGGGAGAAGCAGCUUCUCAGGAGGAGACCGCUGCUUGCUCAGGAUGUCGACGGCUGUGGCUUCCUUGUGUUUGCUAGCCAUACUUUUAAAUCAGGGUUGAACUGACAAAAAUAAUUUAAAGACGUUUACUUCCCUUGAACUUUGAAUCUGUGAAAUGCUUUUCCUUGUUUACAAGUUGGCAAAGUUGCAGUUUGUUUUUGUUUUUAGUUUAGUUUUUUUUUUUUAAUAUCUGUACUGUGUUCCUGUUGGACUCUGUAGCGUGGUCAGGUCUGCUGUGACAUUUCCCACCAACUCUCUUGCUGUCCACAUCAGAAGCUGCAUCACUUACUCAUUUUGAUCUCUACCAUCCAUGCCCCCUGCCCAGGUCCAGUUCCAUUUCUCCCAUUUACAAGAUGCUUUAAAGGUUCCGAUUUUCAACAUAUCCAAUGAUGCAAAAAAAAAAAGCAUGUGUUCUUUCACUACUGAGUUUUUUCAUGGUUUCAUCAUUCUUGAGAGAUGGGAAAAUCCUGAAUGUAUAAAGUAUUUCUUUGUCAAUAAACUGCCUUUUCUAAGGGGUUUUUACA